UUUUUCCCCCCUUUCUCUUUUAAACAAGGAAACUAUCUGCUAUUCUCAUCUCUUAUAGCCAUAAAAACAUAGUUUCUUAUUUACAACCUUCCAUCACUUCUUGCCCUGCCAUAAGACUUUUAACUACCCCGCCAUGGCCCCUCCGUCCACCGUCUUCUCAAUCCAAGAUAAAGGGUUGAGAUUUGACUCUGCCACCGACUUGGAACCUCACAUCAAGCCUCUCCUCGAAAGCGACAAUAUCGUUACGGAAAUUUACCUCGGAGGAAACACCUUUGGAGUUCCCGCCUGCGAGCUUCUGGGUAAAGCUCUCCGAACGCAAAAGAAACUCCACACCGCAAACCUCGCCGAUAUCUUCACCUCACGCCUCCUCGCCGAGAUCCCACAAGCCCUCUCCUUUCUAUUAAACGCGUUGCUAGAUGUCCAUACUCUGCAGACAGUUGAUUUAAGCGAUAACGCCUUCGGGCUAAACACGCAGGCGCCCCUCGUUGAGUUCUUACAGGCACACGUUCCUUUACGUCACCUGCUUUUGAACAAUAACGGCUUGGGCCCAAAGGCAGGUACCCUUAUUGCCGAUGCGCUGACGGAAUUAUGCGCGAGAAAGAUCAAGGCGCGAUCGAAUCCGGACCUUGGAUACGAAGUACCCUUGCUGGAGACGAUCGUGUGUGGUCGCAACAGACUUGAAAGUGGAAGUAUGGCUGCGUGGGCUCGUGCGAUAAAGGCUCACGGCAAGGGCCUCAGAGUUGUCAAGAUGGUCCAGAAUGGUAUCCGCCAGGAUGGAAUCAAGCUUCUCUUGGACCAUGGUCUGCGACAUGCGCCCGAGCUAGAGUUACUCGAUCUUCAGGAUAAUACUUUUACGGUCUCCGGCGCCAUAAUACUCGCAGAUACAGUGACCGGCUGGCCAUCGAUUCGCGAGCUCUCUUUAGGAGAUUGUUAUCUCAAGGGCCGAGGUUGGAUUAAAGUCGGAAAAGCGAUCGCAAAGGGAAAUAACAAGAAGCUUGAGAUUCUCAGAUUGAUGUAUAAUGAUAUCAAUGCCGCUGGAUUGCAAAUAUUACUCCAUGCUGCGAAGAAUGCGCUCCCCCUUCUGAGACGCAUCGAGCUGAAUGGAAACAAAUUUGACGAGGAUGACGAGAGCAUCGUGGAAUUGAGAGAGCUUCUUGACGAGCGGAAAGAAGCGAGAGGCAAAGAAGACGACGAGGAGGAUGCGUGGGGCUUGGAUGAACUAGAUGAGUUAGAAGAAGAGAGUGAAGAGGAAGAGGAGGAGGAGGAAGAGAGCGAGGCAGAAGAGGUAGAGAAGAAAGCGGAGAAGGUCGUGGAGGAGGCUGAGCAGGCUGAGAACGAGAAGGUCGCUCAAGACGUCGACAAAGCUGUGGAUGAACUCGGCGAGAAAUUAAAGAGCACGUCUAUUUGAUCGGUAGUUGCCAGAGCUGUUACACCUUGAUAGAGAACAAAGGUCGAUUGCCAUUGUUACAGCGUAUCACUACCCUUGAUUCGGGAGGUUGAGCUUGAUAUUUAAUAUUCCUGUCGAAUAGCGACUCGAGCCUUGUACUGGUUAAACAAAAAAAAGUUGAAGUAGAAAAUAGAACUUUCUGAAUGAUGCCAUGA